AUGGCUCGUCCAAGCAACGAAGAACGCCGCUCGUCCUCCGAAGCAUUCGAACUCGACGACGAACACAAGGAGCCAUUGCUGCCUGGCACACAACCACCAUCUCGGUCAAGGAGGAAAGGGUCUCUUCUGGCCUGGCUCAAGGGCAGGCCGCGAGCCGUGUUGAGAGCCUUCCGUCGUCAACCUCGAUCUCUCCCCCGACUCCUACUGCGAUAUACCUUCAUCUUCCUUCUCCUCAUCUUCGUCACGACGCCCAUAUUCUUCCCCUCCUACACCCGCCACCCGAAACAUUACAAGGACCUGCGGAAACGAUGCCUGGUGUCCGACAGCUUGUCCGGCUGCGCGAACCUCCAAAACGAAAAGGUCUUCAUCGCAGUCAGCCUGUACGACCCCGAAGGAAAGAUUGCCGGCGGAGAGUGGGCGCAAAACAUUCUGGAUCUGAUACACAUGAUUGGCGAGGACAACGUGUUUUUGAGCAUUUACGAAAACGACAGCGGCGAGCAAGGCGCCGCUGCCUUGGAGGAAUUCAAGAAGAAUGUGCCGAGCAAGCACAAAAUCGUCAUCGACGACCACGUCGACUACAACAUCUUCCCCCACAUCACCAUGCCCGACGGCACACAGCGACUGAAGCGCCUCGCCUACCUCGCCGAGAUGCGCAACCGCGCACUAUACCCCCUCGACCAGUUUGACCCCGACGUCGGAGUGGUCCAGUACGACAAGAUCCUGUUUCUCAACGAUGCCAUGUUUGCGCCGGUCGAUGCUGCCCACCUGCUCUUCAGCACCAACACUGGCGAUGACGGGCGCACCCACUACCUCUCGGCCUGCUCCAUCGACUUCGACUGGAACGUGUUUACGGAAUACGACCUCUACGCCCAGAGAGACGCGCAGGGGUACUCGAACGGCAUCCCCAUCUUCCCCUACUUCACCAACGCGGGCCAGGGCAUCUCUCGCAAGGCCAUGGUCUCGCAGACAGACGCGGUCCCCGUCAAGAGCUGCUGGGGCGGGAUGGUGGCCAUGCAGGCCAAAUGGAUCCAGAACAUGGACAAGCAGCUGCCCAGCAAGGACUGGCAGGCUCCUGCGCACCAUGUCAUCAACCCGGAUCACCCCCACAACGCCACGGCGCCGGUGCGCUUCCGGUAUGAGCCCGAGGUGUAUUUUGAUGCCUGCGAAUGCUGUCUCUUCCUGGCGGACGUCUCAACCGUGGCAGAGAAGGCCGGAGAGAUGGACACGGGCGUGUUCGUCAACCCCUACGUGCGCGUCGCAUACCGGAAGCGGACGCAACGGCUUGAGCGCUUGGUUCGUCACUGGGAGAGGCUCUUUGCUCUGCCUCAGGGCAUCAUUACUCACUUCUCGCGGUUCCCCACGCCGAACCCGCACCGUGAGGUGGUGGAGGGUCAGCGGUUCCAAGAGGAAAUCUACCAACGCAGGGAAGGGUGGAAGAUGGUGGAGCGGACGGGCCGCAACGGCAUGUUCUGCGGCGUGCGCGAGAUGCAGCUCAUCAAGGAGGGGCCGCGUGUGGGCAAGAACUGGGAGAACUGGUACCAGAUCCCAUGGGCUGAGCAGAAGCUGCACUUUCCCAUUUGA